CAGUCCAAACGGAGGGGAAAAAGAAAGAAAUGCUGCGAAAUGGAGUGAAGAAGCUGACUCUUGAAACCUCAUCCGCAGCAAUCGGAUUCACUUCACUUCUUUCAGCUCCUGAUUUCCUCCAUUAUUCUAGAGAUCAUCGUUCAGUAUAUAAGGUUCUUGAAGCCUGCAGGCUUUCCUCAGAUUAUAAGGCUGCAAGUGCAAUCCACGCAAGAAUCUUUAAACUAGGGUAUGGGACUUAUCCAUCUCUUGUAGCUUCUUUGGUAUCGACUUAUUUGCAAUGUGAUCGCCUUCUUCUUGCUCGGAAACUUCUCGAUCAAGUUUUUCGUUUGGAUUUUAAUGUGGUCAUUGUAAACUUAGUUAUUGAACAUCUAAUGGGACUUGGAGAAUAUGGUUUUGCAAAGAAGUGCUUCCAUAAAACGCCUGUCCGGGAUGUGAUCACAUGGAACUUAAUGAUCGGAGGAUAUGUUAGAAAUGCACGCUUUGAAGAGGCUUUAAGCUUCUUUCGUGAGAUGCUUGACUCAAAUGUGGAGCCGGAUAAGUUUACUUUUGCUUCGGUUAUGACAGUGUGUGCACGACUUGGAGCUAUUAAUCAUGCUUUAUGGGUGCAUCGUUUGAUGACCAAGAAAGAAAUUGAACUCAAUCCCAUACUUAGUUCGGCAUUAAUAGACAUGUACUCAAAGUGCGGUAGAAUUCAAACUGCAAAGGAAGUUUUCAAUAGUGCAGACCACAGCGAUGUGUCUGUUUGGAAUGCAAUGAUUAAUGGGCUCGCAGCUCAUGGGCUUCCGUUCGAUGCAAUUGCAGUGUUCUCAAAGAUGGAAGUGGAAAAUAUUUUUCCUGAUUCAAUAACUUUCAUUGGAAUCUUAACUGCAUGCAGUCACUCUGGUUUAGUUGAAGAGGGUCGGAAAUAUUUUAAUUUGAUGAGUAGCCGCUAUUCAAUUGAACCCCAAAUUGAGCAUUACGGGGUGAUGGUUGACCUCUUUGGUCGAGCUGGCCUGCUAGAAGAGGCUUAUGCUGUUAUUGAAGCAAUGCCUGUGGAGCCAGAUGUUGUCAUUUGGAGGGCACUUUUAAGUGCUUGUAGAAUUUAUCAAAAACCAAAGCUGGGUGAAGUUGCCAUUGCGAAUAUGUCACGUCUUAAGAGCGGUGAUUAUGUCCUGCUGUCAAAUAUGUACUGCUCGAUGAAGAGAUGGGAAAGCGCUGAACUAGUCAGAGAAUUGAUGAAGAAAAAGGGUAUUCGGAAAAUUAGAGGAAGGAGUUGGAUUGAGUUAGGAGGAGUCAUUCACCGCUUCAAGGCCGGGGAUAGAUCUCACCCUGAAACAGAGGGACUAUACAAAGUGUUAGAUGGGUUGAUACGACGGACAAAGUUGGAAGGGUUUCUUCCUCAAACGGAUUUGGUUUUAAUGGAUAUCUCCGAAGAGGAAAAAGAAGGAAAUUUGAAUCAUCAUAGCGAGAAGCUGGCACUGGCCUAUGGAAUCCUAAAAACAAGUCCUGGAAGAGAAAUUAUGAUAUCAAAAAACCUCCGGAUCUGUCAUGAUUGCCACAAUUGGAUAAAAUUGGUUUCAAAAUUGUUAAUCAGAGUGAUUAUUGUUAGAGAUCGAAUUCGUUUUCAUCAGUUUGAAGGCGGUUCAUGUUCAUGUGAAGACUAUUGGUAGCGAAUUUAUUCCUUUUUGUGCCUAUAGACAAUGUGGAGCAGGUUGGUCAGGAUUGAGGGUUCUGCUGGAAUGUGGUUUUCCUAGCGCAUUCGCUCGGUCUACCUCAAUAGGACCAAUGAUUGGGUGUCUUGCUUAAAAUUCAUGGAAUUAGUCAUGUAAACAGGGGACUAUUCUCUGUUCAUUGCUAUUAAAACCGUACCUGAUCUUUCACCCUCCACCAGUGCUAAAGAAAGAAACAAGUAUAUGAUGCCAAUGGAUUGUAACAUUGCUUGGAAGAGGAUCAACACUUAGGGUGAGUUUGGAUGGGCGGUGCGUUUGCCUGCGGUUAGUGUAAAAACAGCGGUGGCGGUGAGAUUAGAUACUAUAGCGAUACUGUAGCGUAAGACAAAAAGUAAGCUAAACGCACCGCACCGCACCCAAUCGCCCAUCCAAACCCACCCUUAGUCGGAUAUCUGGAAUCAUGCUUGUCAUCAUACUUAACAAUUUGGAGCUUUUUGGGUAAUCAGCUCAACUUUCACUAGGUUUUUAUCAUUAUUCAUUGAUGGUAUAGAUAAACUAUUUCGGGCUAUAUGACUUCGACUCUUCAUUUUUUCUUACCGUGCUUCUGUCUUAUGUUUACCUGAGUAUAGGGACGAGGAUCGAUCUGGAAAAACUUUACAAAGUCUAACGUACUUGUGUUAGAUACGAACUCUUAUCUGACAUUCACACCCGAGAGGCUAAUAAACUUCACCAGCAAUUAUUUGAUUAACCCUGCAUAUUAGCUAUUUCAACACUGUGAGAGUAUGUUGAUAUCUUCAGCUAAAUUUUCUAAUAACCCUCGUUGCUGUAAUUUUAAGUUGUAUUGUUUGCCAUUUUACUGAUGUUGUAAUUUUUUUUUUUGUUAUUAUGCCUUUUGAAAGUAUUAUUAUUAUUAUUAGUAUUACUUUGAUCAUGUAAUUUUAUACACGACAUUUUGAUUUGAUUCAGUUUUCACUAAUCACUAACAAUAUUAUUAAGCAAA